AUGCUUCUCUCUUCUUCUUCCCUACCUUCUAAGCAGGACUCAUGGCCUGUGCUUCCCCAUUUAAACAGGUUGACCAGCAUAGCAAGGAGAAACAAGUUACAGGUUUCCCUAGCUCAGAUCAAGAAACAGCAGACACAACAUGUUUUGAUUCUGAACUCACUAAGUGGAGAAGUAAGCACCACCACAAGUACAGGAAAACUCCGGGUGGCAUACCAAGGUGUUCCUGGGGCAUACAGCGAGUUUGCAGCUAAAACUGCUUGGCCUGAUUGCAUCACUGUCCCUUGCAGGGUUCUCACUGAUGCCAUAACAGCUGUUGAGACCGGCCGAGCAGACGGAGCUGUUCUUCCGGCCGAGAGCACCAAGGAAGGGACUGCUCUUCAGAACUAUGGUCUCUUGUUACGCCAUGAUGUGUCCAUAGUGCAAGAAUUGAACCUUUUUGUCCAUUAUUGCCUGCUGGCAAUACCUGGUGUGAAGAAAGGAGAGCUUAAGAGGGUGAUCAGCCACCCCAUGGCACUAGCUCAGUGUAAUAGGACCUUGGCACGGCUUGGACUUGACUGUGAGUCUGUAGAGGACACAGCUGGUGCAGUUAAGCUUCUCCUCUCUCACAAGAUGCUUGACACAGCUGCCAUUGCCAGCUCACGAGCAGCGUCACUUUAUGGCCUCAACAUCCUUGCUCAUGGAUUGCAGGAUGAAUCAUGGAAUGUAACCCGGUUCCUAAUUCUGUCCAGAGUCCCCAGAAUUMUGUGGGAGAACAGAUUUAGAAUUAAAACCAGCAUGGUUGUUGCCCACCACAAUGAGACUCUAACUCUGCUUCUUAAGGUUCUUUCUGCUUUCUCUUCACGCAAUAUCAAUCUCACCAAGCUGGAAGUGAAUAAUCCCUCCAAGGAUGAUGGGCUUGUCAUGAUGUUGGAUGUUCAAGGAGGAUUCUAUAAGGAAUUCCCCUGUGUUCUUUAUGUUGAUUUUGAAGGAUCAAUGGCUGAUCAGAAGGUGAAAGAUGCCAUAGCUGAAAUCUCCAAGUCACCUGUUUUCAUUAGGAUAUUGGGUUGCUAUGCUGCUGAUCCUAAUAUCUAUGGUCUUCAGUAA